UUUUCUCUGCUAUAGGUCUAGCCCUGCCUCUUUCUCUCUUUCUGCCCCGGAUGUCCGUGGUUCACACGUGUUUUGGGAGAGAAGUUGCGCUUUAAUAAUAUAAGAACGAUGGAGACGGAGAGCGCAGCCGGGUCCGCCGAGGCCUUCACCAGCGUCAGGUCCAAGAGGGGCAAGAAGAGGCGGGCGGCCGAGGAAGGGGCCAUGGACACCGGGGAGCAGCCCAGCAAGAGGCCGGACUUCCCACCCAUCUCUGGGGAGCUGCUCAUGGGAGACAAAGACGAAAUGAGGAAGAUCCCGGUCCCAUCUCAUAGAUACACCCCUCUGAAAGAAAACUGGAUGAAAAUCUUUACUCCUAUAGUGGAACACUUACAGCUUCAAGUCCGGUUCAACCUAAAGACAAGAAACGUUGAGAUAAGGACCUGUAAAGAGACUACAGAUGUCGGCGCACUCACUAAAGCUGGAGACUUUGUGAAGGCCUUUAUCCUGGGUUUCCAGGUGGAGGAUGCACUGGCUUUAAUCCGACUCGAUGAUCUCUUCUUAGAAUCCUUUGAAGUUACAGAUGUGAAGCCCUUAAAAGGAGACCAUCUUUCUCGUGCUAUCGGCAGAAUAGCUGGAAAAGGAGGAAAGACAAAGUUCACCAUUGAAAACGUUACAAGGACAAGGAUAGUACUUGCUGACUCAAAAAUACACAUAUUGGGAUCAUUUCAAAACAUCAAGAUGGCGCGAACGGCGAUUUGUAACCUCAUCCUUGGAAGUCCGCCAUCAAAAGUAUAUGGAAAUAUACGUGCUGUGGCAAGCAGGUCGGCAGAACGAUUUUAACUCUAGUGAAGAUUAUGGCGGGUAUACAGCAGAUGCCUGUACCCCAUGGAUGUCCCUUAUAGUUCUGGCUCCUCUGAUCUGGCCUUAGGAUGUUCCCUGGUGACAUAUGAAGACUUGUGCAUUUAUCCAGGUUUUAGAAUCCGUAUGGGAAAGGUAUAAAACAGAAUGAAAUGGACAAGCUGUAAUACUGGGAUGGCAGCUUUAUAUCUGAAGGGUGGACAUCCCAGGUUUUCAUGGAUACCAAAGUCUACUUUAUUGGCAGCGGAUCGCUCAAGAAUCAUGCCUGCCCGACAAUAUGCCGGUGCCCGGUGUCAUCUAACCUCAACAGCUCAAUAUCUGAAAAACAUACCAAAAAAAUUUUGUAAAUGAAUCGAAGCCGCGACAACAAAUCUGUAUUUUGUUGAAACUGAAUUGCAAUAAAUUAUUUCCGGGUUUCUUCACUAUAAA